AUGCCUUCGCUCAGGACUCUAGGCAAGCUCGCCGUCGGCGGCGCGCAGAUUAUCCUCGGUGGAGGCCAGCGCGUCAUGGGUGAUUUCACCCAGGCGUGCCCCAAUGCGCAACUGAGCUGCCACAACACGACUGCCGUGGAGAAUCUAUGCUGUUUCAACGCCCCCGGCGGGCAGCUGCUCCAGACACAAUUCUGGGAUGCAUCGCCUGCUACCGGACCAGAUGAUAGCUGGACGAUUCACGGGCUAUGGCCCGACCGCUGCGACGGCAGCUACGACGCAAGCUGCGACUCUACGCGCUCCUACUCCAACAUCAGCGCAAUUCUCACCUCCUUCGGCGCCACCGACCUCCUCGCCUACAUGUCGACCUACUGGAAAGACUACAAAGGCCACGACGAAUCCUUCUGGUACCACGAGUGGGCCAAGCACGGCACCUGCAUUUCGACGCUCGAGCCCGAAUGCUACACCGAGCACAAGCCCACCGAGGAAGUCGUGGAUUUCUUCCAGAAAACCGUCGAUCUGUUUAAAACGCUGCCGAGCUAUGAGUGGCUCAAAGAAGCAGGCAUCACGCCGAGUACCACCCAAACGUACACGUUUGAUGCAAUUCAAAAGGCUAUCCAGGCCAAACGCCCAGAUGUCGAGGUCACGCUGGGAUGUCGCUCCGGUGCGCUGAACGAGAUUUGGUACCACUUUGACGUGCGCGGCAGCGUGCAAACAGGUGAAUUCGUGCCGUCGAAUCCCGAUGGAACAAAGUCUACGUGCCCCAGAUCGGGAAUCAGGUACUUGCCUAAACACGGUAGUGGGUCGCAGCCUUCUCCCCCUAUCAUCACGACGACAGUGGCUGGUGGCAAUCCGGCGCCGACGGCUGCACCGGGUACCCCGUUUAGCGGGCGGGGCCAGUUGAAUGUGCUCGUUAACGGGGCGAAUAAGGGAUGUAUUAUUAGUAAGGGGACAUGGUACACGACUGGUACUUGUGCCACGUUCUCAGCUACAAAGGUUGGCGAGAAUGGGUUUACGCUUUCGAGCUCAAAGGGCAAGUGUGGCAUUGUUGGUGGUGCGCUGGCGUGCGGUAACAAUGUACGCACUGCGACGGGCUUUAGUAGUGCAGAUGGCCUGCUUGCUGCGGGUGGCAAUGCCAACUGGAGCGCCGACAAGGUUGCGCACGGAAGCACGCAGCAAAAGGUGUAUGCGGGUGGAGAUCACUCUGCUACAUUUAGCAUUUCCUGGCAAUCCGUCUAG